ACCAUCCAUAAGCACCUAAUCCGCCGCUAAACCCCACUGCGUCAUACCUACAUCUCGCGUUCAUUCCUCAUCACCACUUCACAGAACCUCACCUCACACAAACACAACAUCGCACAACAUACAACCGCAACCAUGACCUCGAAACUCAUCCCCUCAGACCCGGAAUCCGUAAUGGUAAUCCGCGACAUCGCCCCCAACGUCACAACCCUCUCCGUCCCCUUCCUACGAUUCGGACGUAUCAAAAUCGGCGGUCGAGCAACAAUCGUCAAACUCCAAUCCGGCUCCCUCGCCAUCUUCUCUCCCGUCGCCCUAACACCCACCGUCCAAUCCAAACUAUCAUCCAUCACCCCCUCGCCCCCCACAACCUACCUCAUCGCCCCCGACAUGGAACACCACAUCUUCCUCUCCUCCUGGGCCACCCACUAUCCGCGCAACCACAUCAUCGCGCCCGCCGGGCUCAAAGAAAAGCGCCUCGAGCAAUCCAAAACAGACCCCUCCAUCACCCCUCUCGAUUUCAAAACCGAAUUCACCAAAGAAAACAAAUACUCCCUCAAAAUCACCCCCGAAUUCGACGCAGAAUUCAGCUACGAAUUCGUCGACGCGCAUCCCAACAAAGAACUAGUAUUCGUCCACCACCCCUCGAGGACGCUCAUCGAAGCAGACCUGAUCUUCAACCUGCCGGCCGUGGAGCAGUACUCGCGCGUCCCCGACACGGACGCCGCGAGCGGGUGGGCGACGAAAUUGUUUGGAGGAUUGCAGAAUACGCGGGGGGAUGCGGUGUGGCAGAAGCGCAUGCUGUGGUAUGCGUUUGGGGCGAAGGAUCGGGUGGGGUUUGGGGAGAGUAUGAGGAGGAUUGGGGGGUGGGGGUUUGAGAAUUUGGUGCCGUGUCAUGGGGAGACGGUUUUGGGGACGGGGAAGGAGACGUUUAGGAAGGUUGCGGGGUGGUAUUUGGAUGAGAAGAAAUAGAGAUAUGAGGGCAAGUUUAGGGUGUGGUGAUGUUGGGAUAUGGGUUUGGAUGUGGAUUGGGUGUUAGUUUUUGGAUAUGGAGAAAGAGCGAGCUGUUGGAGCCUUGGUUAGAUUAGGACUGUGGCGUAUGGCGAAGGAAUUCAUGAAUAUUUCAACGUGAUAUCUCUGUACACCUAGUUUUCAAUGUCGUGGUAUCUUCUUAAAAUUAUGCCUCUGAUAUCAAGUAUCAAAAUCAUAAUCACAG